AUGAAGAAGGGCACAAAGGGAAAAUCGAGUGUAAAUCGAAGCAAAAAAGAGCGAAGCGACUACAAAACCAACAGUAAUGAGGAGCAGCCGCCGAAAAAAUCGAGUGCUAUGGACAAAAACACCAAGAGAAAGGCGUCGAAGUGAGUUUUUGCGCGGCGAAUUUGCCGCAUUUUGACAUCAAACACGCCAUAUUUUCACACAGAGGAGCCGAAACACCCACAAAAUCCACGCCGAUUUCUGCGGAGCCACCGAAAAAAGAGGAGAAGAAGAAGUUGAGCGCGGAAAAGGUUGCGGAAAAGGUUUCCGCGCGGCCUGGAAAAGCGGAAGAUGCCCAGAAAGAGGUUCAGAAGGAGGAGAAGCCGAAAGAGGAUAAAGGGAAGAAGACGCCGAGUAAAGAGGAGAAGGUGAGCCUGAGAACGGGCCUGAGAGGCCUGAGGGCCUCGAAUAGGCCUAGAGCUAAGCCUGAAAUCGACUUAAGCUAGGCUCAGGGCUCUAAGGCCUUAAUUAGCCCAAGUUAAGGCCUUAAAUAGGUCCUAAAUGAGCCUGAAACUUAGCCUAACUCCCAAAUGUUUUCCAGAAAACCACCCCACUACCACAAUCGCUUAAAAUCAGAGAGCCACAAAGCAUCUCGAAAGAUCCGGAAGAUCAAAAUCAGAAGAAACCCGUCAAAAUGGACGAUGGAUAUGAGGAUUUUGGACCCGGAGCAUAA